AUUUUAGGAAAGCUUGUCAUUUCACAGAGUCAAGGAACAUCAAGAAUGGUGGUUAUAGGGUUUUACAUUCCAUUCUUUAUAUCUGUCGUGCCAGCUCUCGUAACAGUUGCCAGCACCAUUCGACCGAGACAGUCCAGUGCGACAACGACAGAGGGAGCAAGUUUUCUCUUUGAAUGGGAUUUUCAUCUUCAAGAUGAGGACAAAAUAAAACUAGCAGGGUUCAUUUUUGGUCUUUGGGAGAAUGGGUAUACCACGUUUUAUCUUAUGACGGUAACCAAGAAGGGAAGAGUGAUUUAUAAUCCUCAGUUGAACAAGACACAUCCUAGUUACGUUGGGCGAGUGACUUGGGAAGGAAACAUAUCGAAGUCGUACUUGGCCUAUGAAUUGGUGAACCUGACUUUCUCCGAUAGCAACACAUACGGAUGUCAAAUUGACGUGGGAGGUUUCCGACGAACAAUUCAUUCUAAGAUCACCUUAAAUGUCCAGGCGAUACAUGCAUCAAAAACAACUGAAGUGAGUGUCUCUUCCAUAUGGGACCAUGCUCCCAAUGCUACAUCGAGCAAAUUUGUUCCAUCAUUAAAAGCGGGUGUCCCAGAAAAUGCAACAGUGGGAAGUGUAACAACUUCGAAUUCAAACAUCUUGGUAUCACACGGGAAAGCGGGCUCUGCGAAGUCAAAGUGGGAAUUAGGGAUUGAAUGCUUACCUUACCUGUCAGUCCUUGCCAUUCCACAUUUCUUUGGGCCGUGACUUUCAAGCUCUGAAGGAGAACUGGAGUGAGUAAUAAGUACUAGUUAAGACUAGUACUAUGUGAGUGUUAGUUAAGAUUUUCAACUUUCCCUUUUCGUUUCGAUUUACCUGUCGUGAUUUCCAUGUUUCCAAAUACGAUGGUUCAAAAUAAUAAGUGUCUUUGUGGUAUCCCAUGAGAUUUACCAACACUCUAAAAUCAAUGGGCAUAAAAGUCUCAUAUGCAGGAAAUGUAAAUGUUUAUUUUUCAUUAGUAUCUUUAAUAGAAGAAGGCAUGGCAAUCUUCCAAGUUAAAACUUGUCAUGA